AUGGAAACACAGACUUCCGAACACCCUCCAUCAUCCGAUCCGGGAGACUCUUCACAGCAUCCAAUGCAUGCACUGAAUCUUUCUGGAGACAUGCUCGGCCAUGCAGCUUCGGGUUCAGGGGUUCCUCCUCCCAACUUCUCCAUUGUACCUGUACAUCAGCAGUAUCAGUCUCAUUUCAGCAGUGCGUCUCAUGUUACAACGCCUGAGGAUGGUCAACCUUUAUUACAACAACAUCCAGGUGUUAUCAAUAAUGAUGCUUUGCAUACCCAGCAACAACAACAACAGCCUCACCCAGGUCCUCAACCGCAGCAUCAGCAACAGCAACAGCAGCAGCAUCAACCAAUGGAUGUUACAAUGAGCCAUCAGCAGUUGCAAUCAUCGUCACAGACUCAACAUCAUCAUCAUCAUCAUCAUCAUCAACAACAGCAACAUAAUCCUGCCGAUAUGAUGAAAGCAUCUCUUGAUCAACAGCUUAUGGCAAUGGCAGCUGCAGCAAGCAACUUGCAAUACCCUAUCAAUGUUACACCUGGAAUGGCAGGACCUACGCUUAUCAAUCAACAAGCACAUGGAAAUCUUAAUCAAGGAGGAGGAGGAGGAGGAGGAGGAGGAGGAGGUGUACCAAUUUCACCUGAUGCUAUGCAACAAGACCAGCAGCAGCAACAACAACAACAAGCUGGACAAGAAAUGAUGGUAGCACAUGGGCUAGGAUCGUCAUCAUCUGGUGCAGUCAUAUCCCCUCAUGAACAGCAAAUGAUGGGUAUCAAUGUACAACCCCAACAACAGCAACAACACCAUGAGCAACAGCAACAUCAUCAGCCGCAGCAACAACAACAACCACCACAACAACAACCCCAACAGCAUAUGGAUAUCUAUGGUAAUGUGGCGCACGGACCAUCGCAGGAACUUGGUCAGCAUAUGAUUCAAGAUAUCUUGUUCAGUCAGCAGCAACAACGUCAUCAGGUGCCCUCUGUGCAACAGGAUCAACCUCUUACAUUGCAACAUCCUUCGAUCGUGACUCAGCAACAAUCUCAACAACAACAACAAGAACAAAUGAUCUUGUCUACUCCACUACAAAGUCCUCAAGAACAUGCUAUUGCUGCUGCUCAACAGGCAAUGGCUCAACAAAUUGCUCAAUCACAACAACAACAGCAGCAGCAGCGACAAGAACAACAACAUCACCAAGGCGCUGGUAUUCCUGCUAAUGUGAUCAUGUUGCAGCAUCCAAACCAUGUUGGUAUGCGACAAGAACAAGGAUAUCAACCGUCUUCCAUGCCACCUCAUUCCCAAGCAACACAACACCAACCACAGCAACAACAUAAUCAUGAAAUGGUGUUUAUCGACGAGAGCCAUGAGGCUCAACGGAGACGACAACAGCAGCAGCGCCAGGAGAUUAUUAAUAAUGAAAAGGCAUAUUCAGCUGCUAUGCUCAGGCAACAACAGGUGAUGAUGCAACAAGCAAGCGAAGCAUCUGCAGCAUCCCGAGAAGAUGAAGCAUCAGGAUCUACUAGCUGUGAUGUAUCGCCAAGGGAAUUUGAAGGCAUGUCGCGUGAGCAGUUGAUUGCACGAUUGAUGGUACUGGAACAAGAGAAACGUGCUGGUGGUGGUGUUACUACAAGUCGCAGUGAACAAGGUCCAGGAACGUCAUCUGAAGCAGCCGUUGAGAUCAAAUCCGAAACAAGCACCAAUGUGGAUGAUGAUGAAGAAGGACCAUCGACUCCACCUGAUACCCACCGAUCUGCUGCUGAUAAUAAUGCUGAACGAUCAUCCGAGAGCAAUAGCAAACAUGAAGAUGGCGGAGACGAAGAUGAAGAAGAUGAGGAUGAGGAUGGUGACAGUGAACAACCUGACCAAGCCCAGUCCAAGCCAAUGCAAUGUUUAUGGAAAGAUUGUGGCCAAAUGUUGGAGAAUAUGCAAAAGUUGAUUAGCCACAUCAGCGAUAACCAUGUUGGAAGUGGAAAGCCAACGUAUCGAUGCGAGUGGGAAGGAUGUGCAAGGAAUCAAAAGCCUUUCACCAAACGGCACAAGAUGUAUAACCAUUUGCGUACCCAUACAGGCGAAAGACCUUUUGUGUGCAGUAAGCCUGGUUGUGGCAAGCGGUUUUCGAGACCCGAUUCAUUGACAACCCACGUCAAGACGCAUUCAAAUGUUCGACCCUUCAUAUGCCCUGUGAAAGGAUGUCAAAAGGCUUAUUAUCAUUCGCGUUCACUGAAAAAGCAUGAAAAGACACAUGAAAAUACGGUCCAGACUUCAGCGCCGUCACUUCCAUUUGGUACUUCUGCUGGCUUCAACAACAAUAUGACGGGACAGGUGCCCGUGGACUUUUUGCAUAACGUACCGAUCAUACAGCAGCAUCAUGGCUCCCAGGCACAACAACAAGAGCACCACAUGAUAGAUCCCACAACAGCCGCCGCCGCUGCUGCUGCUGCUGCUGCCGCCGCAUCACAUCAUCCUCCACCUCAACAGCCACAAUCUAUCCCACCUACUCCUCAAGAACAACAUCAACAGCAUUUGGGUUUUCCUAUGAGUACUACGCCUUCUCCAUCUCACAUGGUAACCACCUUUGCAAGUAAUCCGGUUGCUAUGCAACAGGCCACCGCCGCGUUCAAUGCACCUGUUAUGAUGGAUACCAGUACGUCGUCUACCACAAGCACUCCCUCUACCGCUACUACCACCCCGCAUCAGCAACAACCAUUUCCCAUGGUCAUUGACCAACCACAUCAUCAUCAUCCACAUCAUCAUCACCAACAACAAUACGUCCCUGAUAAUGCCAAUGGUGCCCCCUUUGACGGCUUCAGAGGAGCAUGA